AUGGAUGCGCAGUAUCCCUUUGCCUCACGCGACGAUAUCUGGCGUGUCCUUGAUGAGCUGAAGGAGAUCCAGGUCGCUCAGUAUGAACAGGGCGAGCGAAUCGCACGACUGGAACGUCGUCGCGACGAUGAUGCGCGGUUGAAAAGCCUCUGGGGCCCCACAUCACCUUUUCCGACUUUGGUGGCGGGCACCGUCCCGGCAGGUAAGUGUCUUCGUCCUUCACGCAGCCCCGAUCACUCGACUCAUCGCCUUGCUGUAGACACCACCUUCAAUUCUCCUCCGGAUCCCUUCAAGGGCUUUGACGAUGGACAUCAUCACGGGCUGUCUACGUCUACUGUUGGUCUCGAGGGAGAAGAUGAGCCUCGACGUGGAGCCUCCCGGGCGAACAGUGUACGGUUUGACGAGAGCGCGAAUCAUGGAUACUACGGACAGGCGAACCGUUCCAGCACGGAUCUUCCCGUGAGGACAGGAAGUGGGAUGGGAAGUCACCCUCUCACCGAGAGAUCCCUAUCUCAUCGGUCCGAUGGCCGGAUGAGCUCGUCGGGAUUUUCGCAUCAGUCGGCCCGGACUAGUAGUCUGGGACUGGACAGUCGAGGAUUGUCAGCCUCUUCACUUGAAGUGUCUCCUAUGACUCCACCUCCUGAUUUGUUUUUGCUUGGACCGGUGCCUUCCAUCAUUCGCUGUUGGCUGACAACUAACUUCUCAAAUGAGUCGCUCCUUUAUGCGGCUGUGUGCUCAGGCUCUUACGUAUCUUCCCUGGGCUCAACCCUGAUUUCCAAGCUUGGACUUGAACAGUCCGUUAUGCACAAUGAAGAACGGCCUUACAUUAAGCUUUCUCUGUAUCUUACCGAAGCUAGGCUCCAACAGUCAUCCUCACGCCCAGCAAGCCCCCAGCCCGAGCCCCAGAUACCGUCUGUGAAGAUCAAAUUCCUGGUGCGCGAAACCGGUCCCGAAGACGAAUCGAUUCAGAUUGUCAUUGGGAGUGACGUGCUUCGCUCAUCUAAUGCCGAUAUCUCUUUUUCCGACGACAAGAUGUCCAUGGCGGACGAUGAUGGAAAUCGGGUUUACAUUCGACUCGUGCGUCCUGAGAAGGACUCUACUUUCAAGUACCUGUGUACUGGUCCCGACACCACGCACAAGAGCUCCCAGCUCUCGCAAACCAACGGGAAGUACUCUGUAGGGGCCAUUGGCCAUUCUACUUCAACUGCACACCAAUCAACCUCGGCGCCUGUAUCAGCCCGCGUGUCCAUCGGCUCGGCGGACGAACCCCAUAAGCUUCAUCUUCAAACCUUCAGUGAUUCCCCCAACAGUGUAUCGGCUUACUCCUCGUCGGCCACCGCUACAGAUCAACCGCAAACUACAAAUACUAAAGCUGAUGGGGCCGGUGUAUGGGGACCAUGGCGCCGUGAGUCAAAGCAAGACACUGCCGCCGCACUCAAAGCUACAACUGCACGAGCUCGCACGAUGAAAGUUCUUCGACCCUCCAGUCGCGUGACCUCUGCUUCGACUUCCACUCAUGCGACGUCCGAACACCAUGAAUUCCAAAACAGUCACCCAGAGAAUAUGCCGCCAGGGCAGUCUGCACGUCGAGCUUCUUCCGACGAGGUUCGGUCUGGAAAAACACCAGCGUCCAACCCCGUUGGAGGUGCAUCUGCAUUUGGAUGGCUCAAAUCGAAUUCAUCAGGUGCACGUCAGUCCUAG